UAACAAUUAAAAUGUUAACUCCACGGUUCAAGUUAACCCAAGAUGCGACACGCGUGUUUAUUACUGUUCACGCUCCGUACACAAACAUCGGAGAAACUGAAAUCGAUGUGGAAGGUGAGAAUUUUUUAUUCGUAUCCAGUCCAUAUUUUUUAAGGCUUCGUUUGCCAGGCAAAAUCGUUGAAAACGAUGGCUCGAAAGGUUCGUAUACCUGUGAUUCAGGCGACUUUAAUUUUACGUUUGACAAAGAAAACCCUGGGGAACAUUUCGAAAAUCUGGACAUGAUAACUAGCUUGUUAGCCCCAAAAGAUAUUCCCGAUGUCAAUCCAAAUUUAGUUGAAAUGUUGGAAGAGAACGGAAUUACUAUUGUAAACGAAGAAAGCAACGAAAAUGAAGUCGAAAAAGAUUUUUCUUUUGGAUUUGCAAAUAAAAUUUCAACGGAAUUCGAAGAUAUAGGACGUGAGUUUGUCCAAAUAUUUGAACUGAGGGUACCUGAGCAAGUACCCGUAAAUGAGCGAAAUUCGCUGAGGGAAAAGUAUGAAAACCACAAAUUUUCACCAGAUCAUUAUUUAGCAGAUUUUUUCGAUGAUGAACUCAUAGGUCCAUACUUAUCAGCAACUGUUGAAUGGGACAGUCCUGAUUUUAAUAAAGACAUUAAUUUCACAGAAGAUGAAGUGAGCAUAUUGAAAGAUUUACCAAAUAAACAUUAUAUUCUGACCAAAAAGGAAUAUCAACAUGUUCUUCUCGGACUCGUGGACAUACUUUUUGGCUAUUGCUAUGAUAAACGGACAACUCAGAAUGAAAGUACUGUUGAAUCAGGCUGGACUAUCAACAAACUAUCACCAACAUUAUGCUGGUUUUGUAACUUUGAUGAUAUAAAGGAAGUUCUCGUAGCUUGCUAUAGAAGAGCCCUCACUUUUCCAAUUUUCAGAAACUUUGAACUUUGUCACAAGGUAAAGAAUGAUCUUGUAUCUUUAUUGAAAAGAGGGAAAAAAUUUGUGAUUAAAUGUGUAAUUGAUAUUUAUCAAAUGUUUAACCAAAGCACUGAUGCGAGGUAUAUUCUGAAUCAAUUGUAUAUGAAGGAUUAUUUAAUAUUUCUUCAAAAAUGUCAGCAAGAAGAGUUUGAUCAGCUAUGUAAUAACAUUGCUAAUACUGAGAUUAAAAAGAUUGAUCUUGGAUUAGAACUUGAUGAAUUAGAGGAAGCAGCAAAAAUGGUACAGCAAGAUGAAGCUAAGAUUAUGGAAAAUGAAAUGGCUGUAAAAAUGGCAUCUAUGUCUUUACUACCUGGUUUAAAUAGGAGUAAUGCUGAGAAUCGACCAAACCCACCACAAGUUGAAUCAGAUUCAGAUGAUGACGCUGAGACUGAUUCAUCAGAUGAGUCUGAGUUUUUAGAUUCCGAUGAUGAUCUUGCCUGAGGGUUAAUGUAAAUCCCAUGUUAGUGGGAUUUGAAUGACUAUAAAGGAAUAAAAGUUGGGGAAGCUAUUGCAUAUGAAAGAGAAAUAACAGUAUAUUAAACAGUUACAGGUUUAAAAGGUUGUAGUGAAAAAUUAUAAAGAAAAUUAUGAAAAAUUACUUAAGUCUUAUGUAAUGUAUACCAAUUAUACUAUAAUUUGAUAGACUAAGUAUGUAACUCUUUGCUCCAUUUUAUAAUGUUUUUUUAGUGAUACAUAUUCAUAGUAUUAUAAGUGUACGAUAAAUUAUAUGUUACGUUAGGAUAGUAAUGUAUUAUAUCAAAUAAUACAUAGUUAGACAAUGUUACUCCCUUUCGAAUAUUAUAUGUAGAAUUUUUAUUGGUAUUAUUAUAUAAUAGUCAAAAAUGUUGUGGAUGUAUUUUAUGUAAUACUGUAAGAAAAAAUUAUAAAAAAAUAGAA